UUCAAAUGCAAAAUUUUUGUCAAAUCAAUAAAUAUGUUUAUUUGAUUCUAAUACAGGGCAGAAUUGGUUCUAAAAUAUUUACAUUAGAAACAAAGAUCUUGGUUUUAGAUUCAAAAAAUAUGCCUUUGAAAAUGAUAUGAUCUCCGCCAUUUUAUUAAAUCACGCAAACGGAAAAAUGGACUCGUCGGAAGAAGUCGUCAUUGAAGAGUUGGAAGUGGAAACGCUAGGUGUGGAUGAAUUGGAAGUGUUAAAAUUAUUGAAAUCGUUUGAGUUGUGCGAUGCUGUAGUUUGUGCUUUCAUUGCAAACCGAUACACUGUCGAUAUUCUGAAGUUUAUCGAACGGAAGGAAGUGGAGGAACUAAUCCAGCAGCCAUUUUUAGCGGAAAGAACUAAAUGCAUCCACGGAAUCAAUGCAUGGAGAAAAAGCCUGAAUCUUCCGCCGUUGGCUGAAUCAGCGCCGUCGCCUUUUCCACCUACGCUUCUCGCCAUUCAUGAACCAGACGUAACAAGAGCUGACUGUACAGCAACUUAUUUGCUGCAAACAUCUGCAAGAGGCAAGGCAAUUCUAACAAAAUAUCAAACGAACAAACUUCUGACAAGAUCUGACAAGCGCAUCAUAACACAAAUCGUGGUAGACGGUUUUAAAGACCGUUUUUCAAAGCUAACUGCCUCCGAAUUGCAAGACAGAGCAGUUGAGUUGAGUUUACUGUUUCCAAGUGAACCACAGGAGAGUUGGUAUCAACCUGCAUGGACGACCGAUGGCUCUGGGCGGAGAGUUAAACUGAGAAAACAAGCAAAAGGAACCCUACGUGACCGCAACAUCAAUUACAGAGAAGAUAAAGUGGAGAGUAUUGUUCAAGGAACGAGUCAAGCCGUUGUUACAGCAUUAGAAAAUCCUGCAUCAACGAGCGACAUCACCCAAAACGAUUUAACGGAAUAUCAACGGACCAAAAAAUGGAUUAUCCAUAAUCAGGACGACUGGGAUGAAGUAAAGAACAAGUGGAAGCAAACAACAAAGCCAAGAUUGCUUGAAUUAUUGGACAACCAGAAACGAAACACUGCUUCUAUUUUGGCUGAGUAUCCUGUGUUGAGACACCACCAAGCUUAUCAAUUAGUCCAAAUCGAUUUUCAACAACGUUUUCCGGAAAAAGAAAAACUUCUUUUCGAUCGAUGGGAGUCAUUUGUGAGCGAAGUUUUUCCUAUUUUGGAAGUUGAAGUAACGGAUACGGUCGGAAAAAGCUUACUAAGUUUUCUGAAAGCAGAUGACAUCUCUAAUGGUAAGUUGAAAUUUAAGUUAAAUACUAAUCUACAUUGUUCUCAUGUAUUUUCGUAGAUGGACGGGGGCUCAUAACCAUCUGGCUGCUAAAUCACAUCUUGCCAAGCCCUAUUCUCAGGACACCGGGAAAGAAUCGUUGGAAACCGUCCAUAAUUGAAUCCCGAGAGAGCGUCGCAGUUUUGAUCAAGGAUUUGGCAGAGCUUCAAACUACACUUGCCAAAAUAUUCAAAACAUUACAGACGAGAAGUGUCGAUCUAACUCCAUUCAUUGUGGUUCACGGGGAAGAU